UGUGACUGUUCUUGACUGUAGAGGGCAGCAUCUUAUAAUACAGCCACGAUUACACACCGCAACGCCGGAAACUCGUUAGAAGAAGACGAAGAAGAACAGUAGCUAGGUGGCAAAAUCGUGUCAGUGAAGGGUCAAGACAGCAAGUGAGACGUUAAAUCUUAAAGCUAUUCUAUCACAAUGCUUCCACUAUCUCUGCUGAAGACUGCCCAGAACCAUCCUAUGCUGGUGGAGUUGAAGAAUGGAGAGACGUACAACGGUCACCUGGUCAGCUGUGACAACUGGAUGAACAUCAACCUGAGAGAAGUCAUCUGCACCUCGAGGGAUGGAGAUAAGUUCUGGAGGAUGCCUGAGUGCUACAUCAGAGGAAGCACCAUCAAAUACCUGCGAAUCCCCGACGAGAUCAUCGAUAUGGUGAAGGAGGAGGUGGUGUCGAAGGGGCGUGGACGUGGAGGCACCCAGCAGAACAAACAGCAGGGCAAAGGAAGAGGAGGAGCCGGCCGCGGUCUGUUUGGCGGUCGCGGCAGAGGAAUGACUGGUCCUGGUCGGGGCCAGCAGCAGCAGCUGCAGCAGCAGCAGGAUAAGAAACCGGGCAAACCACAGGGAAUGAAGAACCAGCACUAACAUCACACCUUCAACAACACAUCCUGUUAAUCAGAGUAAUUUCUCCUUCAGUACAUGAAGAUAAAAUUGACUCUCUGGUGUUUCCUUCUGCUGUGAUGUUUUGUCAGGACAGACCAUUGCAGAAAUCACAUCGGGAGACGUUAAGAGAAGCUGUGCUUUUGCACUAAAUUUUGUUUUUCAGCAUCUGUAAGUUGGUAUUAACACUUUUUUUAGUAUGACCAUGCACCAGUGUAUCAGUCAGAGCUGACAGACUCCUUCUUUAGAAUCAUUCAUCAUAAUAUGUCAUCACAACUUUGCAAGAACAUUUUUUUUAUCAUAAAUCACAUUGUAUUAUCCAAAAACAGUUUCCUAUCAGUUGGUACACUGGAAUGAGGUUUUUUAGUUUUAGUUAUUUUUGUCAGCUGGUCUCCUCAGAUGUAGUUUUCAUGGUAAAGAAAUUGCCUAGCCCCAACUUCUGUUGCAUGAAUAUUUUUUUAACUUGCUCUUUAUUUUUGUGUUGUUUGUGACUUUCUGUGGUUUGUCUGCUGCACCGUACUGUCCGAUCAUGGCAGGUAGACCAGUAGACUGGCAGUCGGGACAAGAAAUUAGUCCCUGAAAAUUUACACUUUUGUUAAAGCAUUUGUAAGAUGACACAUUACGAUCAUUAGGAUUUCCAGAAAAAAAA